CAAGGGAUGAUUGUUAGCACAGGCAGAGCUGCAGGUGAACGAGAGCGACCUAGCUGCAGCCUACGAGGGGUUUGUUCCUGGAGAUCUGCUGAAUAUUUCUAUGGUCCGCCUCUCACCUCACUCCUUCACCAGUGUUGGAGGACUGCAGUCCGCCAAGCAACUGCUCACUGAGGUUCUCAUCUGGCCCACCAAGUACCCAGAGGUGUUCAGCCAGUGUCCUCUACGGCUGGAGAGGGGAGUGUUGUUGUACGGAGCUCCGGGCACAGGGAAGACUUUGCUGGCCAAUGCUAUUGCAGGGGAGAGUGGACUGAACUUCAUAACUGUCAAGGGCCCGGAGUUGCUGUCUAAGUACAUCGGAGCCAGUGAAGAGGCUGUGAGGAAUGUUUUCCAAAAAGCCCAGAGUGCGCAGCCAUGCAUUUUGUUCUUUGAUGAGUUUGACAGUCUGGCACCAAGGAGAGGACAUGACAGUACGGGGGUGACUGACCGUGUGGUGAAUCAGCUGCUGACACAGAUGGAUGGUGUGGAGAUGCUCGAAGGUGUGUGGGUUCUAGCAGCGGCCAGUAGACCCGAUCUGUUAGAUCCUGCCUUGUUGAGGCCUGGCCGUAUCGGCACCCUUCUGCACUGUCCUCUGCCUAGCCAGGAGGAUAGAUUGGCGAUACUGACCAGCCUUAGUGGAAAAUUACGAAUGUCAGAGGACGUUGAUCUAGCCAAGGUGGCAGGCUUGACUGAAGGCUUCACUGGUGCAGAUCUACAAGCUCUGUUGUUUACCGCUCAAAUGUCUGCCUAUGACGCUUUAUAUCAAGAUUCAGAUAAUGAUGUACAAGUCAUCAAGUUUCCAGUUCAAAAUGUGGUGGUAGGUCAGGUGGAUCUGUUGGCAGCAUUGGAGGAUACCAAACCCUCCCUCAAGCCUGAGGACAGACUUCGGUUCAACCAAAUUUACGAGAGGUUUGAGAAGAACAGAGAAAGCAGAAGGGGGGGGCCUUCAGAAGUGUCCACUCAGAGGGUUACAUUAGCUUAGAUUGCGGGACGAAAAAAGGUUUAGGGGAUGGUUCUUUUUUCAUAAAUAUAGUUGUUGUUACAGAAAUA